AUGCAUUCCAUUCUUGACCACUUCGUGUAUCAUUUACAUCUCGCCCACCGGCAUUUGUUGCGGUUGGGUUGGAACACAUACCCUCACUUCCUUUUUUUUCUUGCCUCAUUCUUCGCAUUAUCGACAUGCCGACUAACGCUCACACCGGUGGGGACGAGGUCACUCCAACAGUAUACUCCACGCCAGGUCCCUAACGCGUACAUCGAGGCGCUCGGCAAGGGCACGGGGCUGUCGGGGUGGUGCCACAUCUCGCCUGGGUUCUACGUGCGGUACUGCCUCAGCGAGAGGUUGAGAGACCUGGGCAGGAUGAUCGAAAUCCUGAGAACGGUCUCGCUGGAAUCGCUCAGCGACAGUGAUCUGAGAGAGGCCUGCGACGCUAGGGCUAUCAACGUGGGGAACCGGCUCGGGGGGGACCGUGAACCGCAAGACCUGCGGAAGCCGCUUGGGGGGUGGCUUGACCUUACCUCGCCUGAGGUCUCCGCUGGAAGCAAGCUUGACCCUGACAGUCUUCCUGCCGGAUCGAACUAG